ACAGUGCUCUGCACACAGUAAGCACUCAAUAAAUACGAUUCACUAACUGACUCUAACAGGGGACAGCCCAACCUUGGGGUCACCCUGGAGUGGACAGGAAAUAAUGCGGUCUUGCGGGUGAUUGAGCCCAGGGAAACGGGUUGGCAGAGCUGCUUGGAGCUUCUUGUAUUUCUGGGAGUCUGCAGGGAACCUACUCCUCUUCCACCCUCCCAUCCUCCAAGGUCCCGGCAGCUCAUCAGCUUCUCAGGUGGGAGCUAAUGAAUCCUGGAGGCCUGAGACCCCAGUGCAGAGAGUAAGCUGCUACCUGCUAAGGAGUCCUAGUGCAGAUGGUCAGGAGGCUGCAGCUGCAAGUGGCCACCCUGAGCCGGGCAACCCGCCUGAGCCACUUAGGCGCAGACCGUGACAGUGGCAGUUUUGGAAAAACUGGUAGGAAAAACGGCCCCACUUGGGAGGGGGCUGCUAUUUUUCAAACUGCAUCUGCAGAUGUAACUAAAAAUAAAAACAAAUUGAGAACAUGCCCUCCACGUCCCAUGGGCAGCGUGCCACCGCAGGGAGAGAGGCUUCUGGGAAGCCUGGAGGCUGCUAAUCUUCCAGGAGACACCAAAGCCACAGCAAAGUGGGCUAGAAGAUGAACGCAGCUGAAUUCAGCGACGACCACGAAGAAGGUAAAAGAGCGCAGCGGUGGCGGUGGCGAUGGCCCCUGUUGCCGCUCCACAAAACAAUGCUGUGAAAGUGGAAGAGGAGGAAGAGGAGGAGGAGGAGGACACAGAAGAUGCCGUGCUGGACUGCUCCGUGACAAGCAGGACUUUGGAGAAGCGUCUGCGGGGUGGCUGUCUUGUGCCCAGUGGCCAUGAACCGAACAAGCGGAAACUGACUGCAUUCGGCGGGGAUGGCCAGGGGGCCCGGCUGGAGCUCUUACCCAGCGGGAAGAAGAGGCGACUGAUUCCUGAGGGCCUCCUGGUCGGCAUGAAGAACCGGGACGGCGGUUCCCCCACACAGGGGAGCGUGGAGCUGCCCUGCAAGGGCAGUGAGCCGGGGGCCCCGUGGCCGGGCGAGGAUGGGGAGCCAUUCACCGACGGGACCACCUCCUCAUCCUACAAGAAGCCCCUAUACGGCAUCUCUCACAAGAUUACGGAGAAGAAGAACCCUGCGGGGGCCGAGCCCUUCACCACCUGCGACCCGUACGAGCGGGUGAGCCGCAGCCACAGCCCCUCGCCCCUCCGGCUACUCGGCGACGCACGCAAGCGGGAAGGCGGGGGCGGGGGCGCGGCCGGGGACGGCGACCCCAACGUCUAUGCCCUGAUCCAGAAGAUGUUUUACACUCUCAACUCCCUGCACUCCAACAUGACGCAGCUGCACAGCAAGGUGGACCUGCUGUCGCUGGAGGUGAGCCGCAUCAAGCGGCACCUGAGCCCCGGGGAGCCCGUGGCCGAGUUCCAGCCGCCCCCCGAGUACCAGCUGACGGCGGCCGAGCUGAAGCAGAUCACGGAGCACAGCGCCUCGGGGGGUGACCUGGCCUGCCGCCUACUGGUGCAGCUCUUCCCGGAGCUGUUCGGCGACGAGGAUCUGGGGCGCGGCUGUGGGGCCUGCGGCUUCCUUGGCAAGAAGCAGCUGGGGUCGCUGCACCUGCAGCUCAUCCGCAACUAUGUGGAGGCCUGCUACCCGGCCGUCAAGAACACGGCCGUCUGGCAGGUGGAGUGCCUACCCCAGGUAAACGACUUCUUCAACCGCUUCUGGGCCCAGCGGGAGAUGGAGGGCGGGCCGGCGGCCGGUGGCUUCUACGCAACCGAGCUGGGGGAGCCGGCCCGCUUCCUGGACGCCAAGGAGCGGGAUGAGACCCUGUCCCUGGAGCGGAGCAGCCCCGCCGGGCCCGAGCAGCAGGCGCUGGACGCGCAGGACCUGCACGACUUCCUGGAUGAGGCGUCGUCGCCCGGCGAGUUCGCCGUCUUCCUGCUGCACCGCCUGUUCCCCGAGCUCUUCGACCAGCCCCGGCUGGGCGAGCCCUUCGGGGGUGGCGGCGGCGGCUGCUGCGGGGGCAAGCGGGACCUGGACCCCCAACGCCUGCAGCUGAUCCGCCGCUAUACGGAGAUCUACUUCCCAGAUGUACAGGAGGAGGAGGUGUGGCUGCAGCAGUGCGCCCGGCGCCUCCACGACGAGCUGGAUGGCAGCGAGGGUGAGGCGCCGCGGGAUGACGAGCUGGACGGCGGCGAUGAGGACGACGAGGCUGGCGACGAGGACGGGGAGGACGAGGAGGAGGACGGGGAGGACGAGGGCGGCGGCCUGCCUGAUGACGUGUCGGUCAUCAAGGUGGAGGAUGGCUCGGACCUAGAGCGGCCCGGCCGGCGCUCCAAGAAGAUCUGGCUGGUCCCAGUCGACUUCGACAAGCUGGACAUCCCACCCCCCGACUUCGAGGUGCCCGGGGCCGACUGCCUGCUGAGCAAGGAGCAGAUCCGCUGCAUCUACGAGAGCAGCCUGUCCAUCGGCAACUUUGCCUCGCGCCUCCUGGUCCACCUGUUCCCCGAGCUCUUCACCCCGGAGAACCUGCGCAAGCAGUACAACUGCAGCGGUUCCUUGGGCAAGAAGCAGCUGGACCCGGCCCGGGUCCGCCUCAUCCGCCACUACGUGCAGCUCCUCUACCCACGGGCCAAGAACGACCGCGUCUGGACGCUGGAGUUCGUGGGCAAGCUGGACGAGCGCUGCCGCCGCCGGGACACAGAGCAGCGGCGCAGCUACCAGCAGCAGCGCAAGGUGCACGUGCCCGGCCCCGACCGCCGGGACUUCCUGGCCUAUGCAAUCAACCCGGAGCGCUUCCGCGAGGAGCUGGACGGGCCCCCGCUGCCCCCCGAGCGGAGCAGCAAGGACUUCUGCAAGAUCCCCCUGGACGAGCUGGCCGUCCCCGCCCCCGACUUUCCCGUGCCUUCGCUCUACCUGCUGUCCGACAAGGAGGUGCGGGAGAUCGUGCAGCAGAGCCUGUCCGUGGGCAACUUCGCCGCCCGUCUCCUGGUGCGCCUGUUCCCCGAACUCUUCACGCCAGAGAAUCUCCGGCUGCAGUAUAACCACUCGGGUGCCUGCAACAAGAAGCAGCUGGACCCGGUGCGCCUGCGGCUGAUCCGCCACUACGUCGAGGCGGUGUACCCGGUGGACAAGAUGGAAGAGGUGUGGCACUACGAGUGCAUCCCCAGCAUCGACGAGCGCUGCCGCCGGCCCAACCGCAAGAAGUGCGACAUCCUCAAGAAAGCCAAGAAAGCCAAGAAGUGCCAGACUGUCUGAGGCCCCCCGGGGGAGGGUGGGGGCCGGGAUUUGGGCCCCGGGAGGUAGGGGCCUCCCCCCUGGGGCGCGAUUCCGGGAGAGUGACCGGGGAAGGGCCCGGGCAGGGGCGGGUGGUGGCUGGGGGCCCGGCCCCGGGGACCCCCUCUCUGUCCCUGCCCGGAAACCAGACUGUUACUCCUUCCCUCUUUUGCAUCUUCCAUUUUUAACCCCCUUUUUUUUAGGAAAAAAAAAAAAGAAAAAAAAACCUUUUCUAGAAGUCACUGUGCUUGCCGAGGGCAGUUUUGCCUGAAAAGGGCUCUGAGGCAGCCGAGAUGAAGGACUGAACUUUGACUGCGGAAAUGUCCGGACUGUUUUUACAAGGCAAGUGCUGCCUUUGAACUCUUUGCAAGUGCCAUGUUGGCCGCAGCUGAAGGCCGCGCGGCCCCCGCAGACGGCGGCACUCCCCGCCGGCCCCUCCGGACCGCGGAGGAGGGGGAGGCCGGGAUCGCUCUGGGCGGGGGCGUAAGGGGAGAGGUGGAAGCCCCAUCUCAGCUUUGCCCUCGGUGCUGCCCCUUGGGAAUAGGCAGGGUGACGAGGUGUUUGGGCUUUGACACCUCAGCGCUAGAAUGUAGGCACGAGAUUAAACCCCUUUGUGUUCACAGCCUAGAGGAAAGUACACUGGAUGAUAGCAUGAAUGUAAACACAUAUGCCAGCCCCCUUCCCCGGACCACCAGACGGGCUGGUGGCCCCUAUGCCCCUUGCCUGAACCCGGCUCAGAUGCACAUGCGCGCAUUGGUCUCCAAUGUGCUGGCCACCCCCAGAGGAAGAGUGUGUCUGGGACCUCUUGGGAAAAAGUUUCCAUAUUCCAACAACGGCCAGGCUGUCCUAAGGCCGGGUAACCCCCACCAGGCAUAGUCACUGGUCAGUAAAGGCAGAACUUUGCUUGACCAGAACGGACUGCCCCCUGGCACCCAAGAUUUACUCACCCUCCUAACCCCCUAAUCCCCUCCCCUAAAGCAGCCACUCCCACUCCCUGAUUCCCACAGCCCAGACUGAGCCCAGCUCCACCUCCGAAGGCCCGGGAGGGUGGCCUGGUGGCUGGGGGUGUCAGCUGACCCUGGGUUUCCAGCCAAUAGGAACCACCCACUGUGGCCAGGGGGCCAGCCUGAAUCCCUGUGUGGCCAUGGCUCACUAGGAAGGAAACCCCUCUGCCCAAACCGAUGCUUUUGCAAAGAAAGAGCUCGCGUGGCCAGAACCUUGGGAGAGGCCCCUCCCUUCCUCCCAUGUCCCCUCCCUCCCACCCUCUGCCCAACUAUAACAGAAGGUGGCCAGUUCUCUGGACCCCACUGGUGCUUGCUACCUCGUGCCUGGUCGGAUGCCCCGAGCAGCCAUCUGCCCAAAUGCACUGAGAGGGGGCGAGCUGAAGCACAGACCAGACACCGGUCACUCUGUGUGCAGACAGGGCAGUGGCUGCUUGCCCUACCCCGGGAGUGAUUCACCCCAGUGGUCCAGGCCUCCCCGACCUCCGCCCCAUCCCUCAUCCCAUACCCCACACCCUUUCUAGGGUCCAUAGGCUGCUCCGCUGACUGGCGCACCAGACCACUCCCUGGGCCUGGGCCAGGCCGGGGCACCCUCCCAGGGAAAUCACUGAGAUGCCACUCUCAGGGCCUGCAAACCCUGUCCUGCUGCCAGAAGAUGGAGUCAGGUCCCCAUGCAGGGAGUUUCCAUUUCCGUCUGGGAAAACUUCUCGUCGGCCCAUAGGGACAGCAACUGGCCCAGACCGGGACUGCAGUGAGAGCAGCCCCUUCCCACCAGCCCUGUGAGAGUCCCUGCUUCUUCCUCCACAGCUCAUCGGUCCCCUUGCCCUUCUCUCGCCCUCCCUACUGGGAUUUCCCGCCACCCGGUAGCUAUGCGGCCCCGACUGGCGCCGCCUGCCGUGCCAGGGUCUGCCCCUUGGAGGACCCCUCAGGAAAGCCACCAGGCACCCCUGCCCUGGUUGCCCGUGGCUGGCAGCGGUGCCAGUUUACCAUUUAUACUGUAGCAAUAGGCGGGCAAGACCCGGAUCUUUUUCCAGGAGUUUAGAAUUGAAUGUACCCUGAAGCCACGGUGACAGCUUGGUUGUUUUGUUUUGUUCCCCCCCUCCCCAAAAUCAGUGUUCUAUUUUCAAAGGCUCGGUUUGAGGGCAAGGAGAGUUAGCAGAGUUGGGGCCUGGCUGAGAAAUGGUGGUGAAUCCUGCGGGGUCGAUGUGCAGAGCAGCCGCCAUUUCCCUGUUGGGAAGCAAUUGUCUGAGAGAACGGAUGGAGGCGGUCACAGUUGUACUAAGUGCGCUGACGCUGUUUAACGUCUUCCCUCCUUCUCUCUUUCUCUCCCUCCUUCCCUCCCUCUCAUUUCCCUCCGCCAUGAAAACAGCAGAGCAGGUGCAGACCGGGCCCAUAGUGGCUAGUGGAGAAACUGUGCAUAGGAAGAAACUGACCAGUCUUACCAAAGAUAAUCAACUGAUAUCAAAUAAUGUCGGCCUUCUACCUUUCACCUGAGUGCAGACCUAAAAAAACUGAAUGUAAUGAAACCCAGGACUUUUGAUAAUUGUCGCUGUCUGGCAACAUUGUGUGAUCUUUUCUACAUGCACUGUUCUAUGGGUUCUAUAAAAUGUCAUGGAAAGAGCACAAUUACAGUCUUUUAAUCUAGUGUUGAAA